CACUAAACCCACCCUACUUGACCCGAACACACUCCCACCCCGUUAAAUUAGCACACUGAACCACAAGUCUUUGUUUUUUUAUUUUCUAUCAAAUUUCCUUAACUAAAGAAAAGAAUGACCAUUUUAUAGCCUACCAAUAAUACUCCUCCGCAUUGAAAUCCAGGAAGAAUUUUGAAGAGGCAGGUAUACACGCAGAGCUGCUAUCUAUUCUAUCUUUUGCAUGGGCGGAUGAUUAAUUGAUGGCCACCGCGGGUUCUUCAUCGUUGAGAUUUCUUAUAUCCGUUCACCGAUUUACGCGCCUGGACGGCAUUUUUUCGCCCAGAAAUGCGUGUUUUCUCCUGAUUUUAUCUUUCCCCGGUUAGAAUUUCAGGUCUUUUCGCUUUAUUUCAGAGGUGGAUUCGUGUUUUAGGACUUUUUUAAAUCGAUUGGAGGCGGUAUUGAUUAGGAAUUUCAGAGUUGGGAUCUAUUGACAGGAUUGUUUUGAUGAUGGUGAUCGGGUAUUUUUUGUUGCUGUUAUUGAUAGGGUUCUUAGUCACGGGAGUUGUUUAGAUUCUUGGUUAAUCAGGGGGUGAAUUCGAUUGAGUGGUUGAUUAGGGGUUUGUUGGAUUGUCUUCCUUUUGACUGGUUGGUUGGGUCAGGAGUGAGGUGAUGUUUUUAGCCAGCAAAUGAGCAUUAUAACACAAUGAGACACAGACAAGAAUUAUUGCGUAGAUGGAUUCCUUGGAUAGGACAUUCCUCGACAUCAUAGGUCUACUGAAGUCUUGGAUCCCUUGGCGGUCUGAACCAGCUAAUGUGUCAAGGGAUUUUUGGAUGCCUGAUCAGAGCUGUAUGGUAUGUUAUGAGUGUGAUUCCCAGUUCACGUUGUUCAACCGUAGGCACCAUUGUCGGAUUUGCGGCCGGGUUUUCUGUGCAAAGUGCACAUCUAAUGGAGUUCCGGCAUUGCCCAGUCUGCAGCCAAGCACACUUCAUCAGGGGGAAGAGAGGGAGAAGGUCAGGGCAUGCAACUACUGUUUCAAGCAAUGGGAGCAAGGGUUAGCAGCAUCAACAGCUGAUAAUGGACAUCCGGCUGUCAACUUGGAAUCUAGUAGUUCUAUUUCCGAAACCAGUUUUAUUAGCUUCAAAUCCAGCGGUACGUGUAACAGCAGUGGCAUCACAGUUGCAUCAAUGCCGUAUUCUGGUACCGAACUUAGCUUAGGCCAGUCAACAAACAUGGAGUCAACUAUAGACAAGAAGAGUUCCGCAUCAGCUAGAGGCAGUUCUCAUUUCGCUGAUGCUGAUAUGGGAGUUUGCAACCACUCUUCAGAUGGAUGCCCAUUUUUCACUCCAAGGCAUGAAGAAGAAGAAUAUGGUGCUUACCAGCUAGGUUCCCAAAGAAACCAUGCAUCUGAGGGAAAUGACUACUAUGAUCACAUCCAGUUUGAUGGCAUUGGUGGUGAGUUUGGAUCACUAAAAGUCCAUCGUGAUGAAGAAGCUGUUGAUACAAAAAGCAUGAGCAGCUCCUCUGUGCAUAAUAGCAUGGACUCCCAGACAUCCGAAGAAGUUCAGCAGAUUAUGAAAAAGGAAAUUGAACCUGACAUUAGUUAUGAAUGUGAAACAUCUUCAUCUCUGUAUGUAGCCGAGAAUGUCAAUGUUGAACCUGUGGAUUUUGAGAACAAUGGUGUACUUUGGCUUCCUCCUGAACCUGAAGAUGAAGAAGAUGAAAGGGAAGCACUUUUGUUUGAUGAUGACGACUACGAUGUUGCUGCUGCUGGAGAAUGGGGAACUCUUCGUGCUUCUAGCAGUUUUGGUAGUGGGGAGUUCAAAAAUAAAGACAAGUCAAAUGAAGAGCAUAAGAACACCAUAAAGCAUGUGGUUGAUGGGCACUUCAGGGCAUUAGUUGCUCAGCUUAUGCAGGUUGAGGAUCUUUCGUUGGGCUUGGAAGAUGAAAAGGAUAAUUGGCUGGACAUAAUUACAUCCCUUUCAUGGGAGGCUGCAACUUUUUUAAAGCCAGACACCAGCAAGGGCGGGGGGAUGGACCCUGGUGGAUACGUAAAGGUCAAGUGUAUAGCUUCUGGACGUUGCAGAGACAGUGUUGUGGUCAAAGGAGUUGUUUGCAAGAAAAAUGUGGCACACCGACGCAUGGCAUCAAAAAUAGAGAAACCUCGCAUAUUGAUCCUUGGUGGGGCUCUUGAAUACCAGCGGGUUUCUAACCUCUUGUCAAGUGUCGAUACUUUGUUGCAGCAGGAAAUGGAUCAUCUCAAGAUGGCUGUUGCAAAAAUAGAUGCACACCAACCAGAUGUCCUAUUAGUGGAGAAAUCUGUUUCUCGCUAUGCACAAGAGUACCUUCUAGCCAAGGAUAUAUCACUUGUUUUAAAUAUCAAAAAGCCACUUUUGGAACGUAUUGUCCGUUGCACAGGUGGUCAGAUAGUUCCUUCAAUUGAUCAUCUAUCGUCGCAGAAGUUAGGAUACUGUGACUUAUUCCACGUCGAGAAGUUUGCAGAAGAGCAUGAUGCAGAUGGGAGGAGUGGAAAGAAGAUGAAGACACUGAUGUACUUUGAAGGUUGUCCAAAGCCAUUAGGAUGCACGGUAUUACUCCGAGGCGCAUACAUCAAUGAGUUGAAGAAAGCAAAGCAUGUAGUGCAAUAUUCAGUUUUUGCUGCUUACCACUUGGCUCUUGAAACAUCUUUUCUUGCAGAUGAAGGAGCCUCUCUUCCUGAAUUUCCUUUAAGUUCUCCAAUUACUGUGGCACUUCCAGAUAAAACAUCAACUGUUGGCAGGUCCAUCUCAACAAUCCCUGGUUUCACAAUCCCUUUUGGUGAAAAGACUCAGGGACCCCUGCCUAGUAGCGAGCCACAAAGGUCGUUCAGUGUUCCCAUUGUUGAUAUGGAAACUGCCAGUCGUGCUCAGAAGGCAGAGACAACAGAUGUUGCUACCCUCUAUGACACUAUUAACCCCAACUGCAUACUUCCAUCUGUUACAUCAUCUUCAGAGCAGGCUACUUCAAAAUCUAUCUCAGAUGAAUACUCUCUCUCUCAUGUACCAGAUGAGAGAAUAACAUCUUCCCUGGAAGAAUCUUUAGUAGGAAAUAAUACUUUUGAAGAUCUAAGGGACCAUCUCAUAUCUGAUGUUCCUACUCCUUCAAUUACCCUGGAACACGGUGCUGUAUUAAAAAAUGUGCAGAAUGGUUCUAAUGAUGCGGAUGCUAGCCAAAUUGCUUCAAAUUCAGUUCAGCAACAAGAGGGAAAACAUGGUCAUGAGGAUUUGGGUCCUUUGAAGGAAGGGUUUCUUCCACCCUCAUCUGACCAUCAGAGUAUUCUGGUUUCCUUAUCAUCCAGGUGUGUGUGGAAAGGGACUGUUUGUGAAAGAUCACAUCUCUUCCGAAUCAAGUACUAUGGAAACUUUGACAAACCGUUGGGCCGUUUUCUGCGAGAUCACUUGUUUGAUCAAAGUUAUAGAUGUCGGUCAUGUGAGAUGCCAUCAGAAGCACAUGUUCAAUGCUAUACUCACCAUCAAGGUACCCUAACAAUUUCUGUAAAGAAGCUAUCAGAAUUGUUUUUGCCUGGAGAAAGGGAAGGAAAAAUCUGGAUGUGGCACAGGUGUCUAAAGUGUCCACGAUUUAAUGGUUUUCCUCCUGCAACUCGAAGAGUAGUGAUGUCUGAUGCUGCUUGGGGCUUGUCCUUCGGGAAGUUCUUGGAGCUCAGUUUCUCAAACCAUGCAGCUGCUAGCAGGGUUGCAAGCUGUGGCCAUUCUUUGCAUAGAGAUUGCCUUCGCUUUUAUGGUUUUGGGAAAAUGGUUGCUUGCUUUAGGUAUGCUUCGAUUGAUGUUCAUUCUGUGUACCUUCCACCUCCAAAAGUUGAUUUCAACUAUGAGAAACAAGAUUGGAUACAACAAGAAGUAAAUGAGGUUGUUGGGUGGGCUGAGCUUUUGUUUUCUGAAAUUCUCAACGCAAUUGGUAACCUCGCAGCACAAAAAUGUGCUCUUAUUAACAACACUUUUAAAGUUCCAGAAAGUAGACACCAAAUGACAGAUCUCGAAGGGAUGCUGCAGAAGGGGAAAACAGAGUUUGAGGAAUCUCUACAAAAGAUUUUUAACAAAGAAGUGAAAAAGGGCCAACCAGCAAUUGAUAUUUUUGAGAUCAAUAGACUAAAAAGACAGCUACUUAUUCAAUCUUACCUGUGGGAUCGUCUGUUAUCUGCAGCCAGUUCAGAUAGAGAAAGUCUUGAUGAAGUUGCCUCUACUUCAGAUGUAGACAAGUCAGUUCUUAGUAGUAAUGUAAAGUACAUCGAUUCAGAUAUUCCUCUCGAGGCAAGCAAAGGUGUUUGUGCUUCUGAUCUUAUCUCAGUAACUGAAGAACUUGAUGAUAGUGGGGAAGGGGUUAAUGGCAACCACAUCAACCAGUCCAAUAAAGGUCAUUUAGGAAGUGACGUAGAUUCUGCAUCUAAUAAUCUAUUGGGGAAUCCAAACAGUCUUUCCUUUGUAAUCAACAAGGUUGGUGAAUCUGAUCCUUCUGUCCUUCGUAGAGUUCUUUCUGAUGGACAGUUGCCAAUCAUGGAAAACUUGUCCGACACUCUUGAUGCAGCUUGGACAGGUGAAAGUAGUAUGAGUGCUGAUAUGGCCAUCACAGAUUCUUCAGCCAAUGGAGUCAGAGACAAGGUGGAUGCUGGAGACAGUGGAGAGGAACUUAGUCUUCUCAAAUUGUUUCCGCCUUCCUUCUUGUCAUCCAAAGGCUCAGAAAAUAUGGAAGAUUCAGUGAGCUGGUUAGGGAUGCCUUUCAUAAACUUCUAUAGGUCAUUGAACAAAAACUUCUCAGUUGGUAAUGCGCAGAAAUUGGACACAAUAGGUGAGUACAAUCCUGUAUAUAUUUCACCCUUCCCGGGAUCAGAUUCACAAGGUGGUGCAAGGUUGCUUCUUCCUUUAGGGGUUAACGGUAUUGUCAUACCAGUUUAUGAUGAUGAACCCACAAGUCUUAUAUCUUAUGCUCUGGUUUCACAUGAUUAUUCUGUCCAAGUGUCCAAUGAACUUGAUAGACCAAAGGAAUCUGUUGACUCUACCUUGCAUCAAUCAGUGGAUGAUAUUGUAUCUGAAUCCUUUAGAAGUCUUGCAUCUGCUGAUGAGAGUAUUUUGUCCUUAUCUGGUUCUCGUACUUUGGACCCACUUUCAUAUACAAAAGCGAUGCAUGCUAGAGUCUCCUUUGCUGAUGAUGGGAGAGUAAAAUAUACAGUGACUUGUUAUUAUGCAAAGCGUUUUGAAGCUUUGAGGAGGGUAUGUUGUCCAUCUGAGAUGGAUUAUGUAAGAUCUCUUAGUCGAUGUAAGAAAUGGGGGGCCCAAGGAGGCAAGAGCAAUGUCUUCUUUGCAAAGACACUGGAUGAUCGAUUCAUUAUUAAGCAAGUUACAAAGACGGAGCUGGAAUCAUUCAUUAAAUUUGCUCCUGGAUAUUUCAAGUACCUUUCCGAGUCAAUAAGUUCUGGAAGUCCAACUUGUUUGGCAAAGAUUCUGGGCAUUUAUCAGGUUACCUCAAAGCAUCUUAAAGGAGGGAAGGAAUCUAAAACAGAUGUUCUGGUAAUGGAGAAUCUUCUAUUUGGAAGAAAGAUUACACGGUUGUAUGACCUUAAGGGAUCUUCCAGGUCUCGCUACAAUCCUGACUCCAGUGGAAGUAACAAAGUUUUGCUUGAUCAAAACUGGAUUGAAUCGAUGCCAACAUCUCCAAUCUUUGUCGGAAACAAAGCCAAGAGAGUGUUAGAGAGAGCUGUCUGGAAUGACACUGCUUUUCUUGCAUCAGUUGAUGUAAUGGAUUACUCUCUACUUGUCGGGGUUGAUGAAGAGAAGCAUGAACUGGUCCUCGGAAUUAUCGACUUCAUGAGACAAUACACAUGGGACAAGCAUCUGGAAACUUGGGUUAAAGCUUCUGGGAUCCUAGGCGGGCCCAAGAAUGCUUCGCCAACUGUAAUAUCACCUAAACAGUAUAAAAAGAGGUUCAGGAAGGCCAUGACCACCUAUUUCCUGAUGAUUCCAGAUCAGUGGUCAGCUUCCACCGCGGUGGGUCCCAGCACAUUGCAGACAGAUUUGUGCGAAGAGAGUACUCCCGCUGCCCCUCCCUCUGCUGAAUAGUAAUUUUGUAGGUUUGUUCAUUUGCGCACAUCUUCUGAGCAUAUAUAGUUUGGAAGUUCUGCAUUGGCCUCUCGAAGGUCAUAUGUAUACCCCUACCGGCUACCCCUACAGUUUUUUUUCCCCAUUCUUUAGGGCGGCGGUUGCAUUUGAAUUCUUCCCAUGGGUGGGGGGAUUCACAGAUACAUGGUUGUUCCAUGAUUUUGCUUGCAAGAUGAUGGUCACCUGUCUCUAUCAUAUCAUAUUUAUAUAUCAUAUAGAUAGAUGCCUAUAUUUUUUCUGUACAUGUUUCGGUUAUCCCCUCCCCCCCUCGCCUUUCGUCUGCGAAAUUGUAUAUUUGAUUCAAUUCAGUGGCACUCUUUGACAGAUUCUGUGUAAUAUAUGAUUCUUUCCCCCCAAAAAAAGUCUCUCCCCUGUAAUUUAGGCUUGUUCUUGGAAGAUGUUAUAGUGUGAAAUGGAAUAUGUGCAGUAAUGUUGAGUGAGGAAACUUGAUUCCUCUUCACAUGUCCCUUCCCUUUCCUGGGUGAUGAAGUCAGAGAGAAUAUUGCUGCAAUAAGAGAUGAAAGAUAGAGAAAUUUCUACCAAAGUGGUGCUACUCAAAAAGGGUAAUAACAGUGAAGGAACAGUGAUAAUGGUAAUUUGUCAUUUUCUGCAUGGGU